AUGAGCUCCAACGGCGCGACAACCCCUACAGAAGAUGAACUCUCACAAUAUGGCUAUAUCCCCACAGAAUGGGUCUGUGCUCUAUUUAUUGCCCUAUUUGGGCUGUCGACACUUAUCCAUGUGCUAGAGGCUGCACGGAGCCGUCUAUGGUGGCUCUUCCCAACCGCCGUGCUCGCGGGUCUCAUCGAGUGCAUAGGAUGGAGUGGUAGGCUCUGGUCAAGUAAAAACCCGAUUGCUGGUGACCCCUUCCUCAUGCAAUUCAUCGCCGCAAACUUCAUCAUUUUGGGACGCCUCAUUGCUCUCUUAGGAGAAAACUAUAGUCGCCUCAGCUCCAAGAGAUAUACUCAGCUGUUCCUGACAUGCGAUAUCAUCGCCCUUGUAGUACAAGGCACAGGAGGCGGCAUUGCCUCCAGCGCUGACGAUGAAGCAGGCACCAACGCAGGCGGAAACAUCAUGUUGGGGGGAAUCGUCUUCCAGCUCGUCGCCAUCGUCGUCUACGCUUGCCUAGCCGCAGAAUUCUUCUUCCGCUACUUCACCGACAGACCAUUCCGCAGGGCUGGUAGCGGCAACGGAAGCACGGACACUAUCGCAGCGGAGUUGAAGAUGCCCAUCACUCAGCGCAUGAAACUCAUGAUCCUCGCCAUGAUCCUAAUGACCACCUUUUUGCUUAUUCGUUCUGUCUACCGUACCAUCGAGCUCGCAGACGGUUGGAACGGCACCGUCAUCACGACGCAGGUCUACUUCAAUGUCUUCGACGGUGCUAUGAUCACACUCGCCAUGUACACACUCAACAUUUUCCACCCUGGAUUCCUUCUCCCGCAGCCCACAUUGACACAGAAGAAGACGGCCAGCGAGGUCCCAUUGUCUUCCUUCAACUACCAAGCAGUAUAG